AUGCCGCUUUUGUUGCGACCCACAGCACCAAGCCCAAGCAUUGACGAACUUGUUUUUGCGGCAUCAGUGGCCCCAUUUUCUUUGCAGACAUCACAACGGGCUGUGUCCUUGGCCCUUUCAGAGUGUCCCACACACGGUCAACUCUCGCAACACCGUCGUCGUAGCACUGCUAGCGCUGAAGUCGAUCUUAACGGUGUAUUAAAUGAUACUAUUAAGAAAUCGAAACAACAUUUGGCUUGUCGUGUUAGCCAGCCGAGCCUGCGGUGCAGUAGUGGACUGACGAAGGUUAAAGGCACUGUCGACAUGGACGCCAACUUACGCGACUUAAAGCUCUCAGCGCACGAAUCGCAACUUGAUGAUGAUAAUUUGUUCACUGACGGUAGCUGUGCAUCCGAAGUCGAGCGCAAUUCAAGCUUGAUGAGCUGCAGUUGUUCCUGUGCGGAUGCGAAUGAGUUUGCCAUCUCUUCUUCUUCGAUCGUCAUUGAGGAUUGUCAGCUUGCUGUUGUGGAAAAAGAGUUGCUUGAUCUUCGCAAGACGCUUCUACGUAAAUUGUGCUCGCGACUCACGAAACUUACCACCCUUGCUCGCAGAAAAUCUAUCUCCAAGCCAAUUCAUUGA